AUGGACGAAAAUUCAGGAAAGCCUCCAGAAGAAACCAGCCGUUCGACACCGAAUACAUGGUCGAGAUUUGUGGUGGCCGCCUUCAUAAUCGGAACCAUCACUCUACCUGUGGGACUCAAGUACGCCGUGGAUUAUCUCAAGUACAGUGCCAGAAGGACCACUGGUACGUUUGAUCCGCGGUGCGCCGAUCCGGCAUCGGAUUCUUGGCAAGCUACAUUCGAGCUAGACCUCACCUUUGGACAGUUAGCCUUUAGCCAAGCUAAACUCAUCGAUCUGGGAUGGGAUACAAUCAUCGGACAAGGUGGCCGCCUACUCCACGGCUGGAUACUGUACCGAUGCGUGAUAAAAAGGUUUCUGUUCUACACCAUGGAACGGUCGACCGUGAGCUAUGACUACUUCAUGACGGUUUGGGUGUCCCGAUCAUCGUUAGAGACUCUUUUGAUGACAGUGAAAGAGUUCCCUUCCAUUGAUAAGGCGAGAGUCCUCAUGUACAGCGUCCUUUUAGUAUUCUUUCUUGGAUACACUAUCCUCUUCACGGUUCUGUGGAGCACGACGACCGGAUAUGUCAACUUAUCGCGAAAGCUCUACGCGAUGCCUAACGGUGAUGUGAUACCGCUCGAUUCCAAAGAUCUAGCCAUAUGUUGGGUGUUGGACUCGGUACGCCUUGGGCUGGCAAAUGGCCAUGUCGAAUUGGGCCCUGUAUUUUCAGAGUUACAAGAUCCCUUCAUCAAAGAGGAGACACCGGAAGUUCAACUAUGUGCCGAUAUAGGGCAAGCGGUACAACAUCCAACUUAUCGCCAUGGACAGGGAGGCUGGGAGACACAACCGACGAUUUGGGACCAGUUUAAUAUGUCCAAACCUUCCGCAAACUUUUUGAACCUGCGUGCAUAUACUUUAUCGGCGCAGUUGUUGCGGAUAGCGACAGACCUCUCAGAGUGGAAAAGGUUUGGUUCUUCCUCAGUACUGGAUCAUGCCGGUGGUCAGAUGCCAUCGAUUUCCAGAAACCUAUCGAAAUGUACCGAUCAGAACUCCUCGUUAAAUGUGCUGGAGUCUUCUAUUGGAACACUCCAGUAUGUUCAGCAACCGACUCAUGCUAUGAAUGGGAGCCACGUAUCCUGGUAUACAGAUGUCACUGGUACGCUGAUGUAUCGAUCGAACGUACAACUCGAUAACUCUAUCCCCAAUCACCCCGGGAUUGUACCAUACAACUCGACCUUGUGGCUCAACGGCACCCAGUUUGACCUCGCCGCGCCAUUUCUGGAUAUAGGGUAUGGCUGCACAGGGCCAGAACCCGGCCCUUUUACCAGCCUUGGAAACUGCAUUUGCUACCGUGGUGAACCAAUACCCCCUGAAUUUCUGGCUGACAAGAGGAUUAUUUGUAACACGGCGCCGGGAUUUGUUUGGGGGUUCUCCAGCAACUUUCUCGUCAUCGGACUGAUCCUUGAGACCAUCUGGCUCGGCCUUUGCCUUUUCACAAACCUCAGCCUAUCAACGAGCGUCACCAUGCUGAAAGAUCCACGGGCAAGAAAUACAAGCAACAUGUUACUGGCACUUGAUUUCUCCGAAGGCGCUCGCCAUGAUCUUGGCUCUAUCGACGUACGUCAAGUUUCCGAAGAGUCGCUUAGAAAAGCGCUGAAAGGGCACAGAAUAGGAUAUGAGAGGGCUAGCGGUGAAACAGAGGAUGAUUUUAGCCUCAACUUGAUGCACCAUCAUUGGGUGAAGGACUUCGGAUAUCUUAUUCACCCGAGAAUCCAUACCGAAUCUGCCAACCUCAAAGUAGCAGACGUCGGCUCUGGUACAGGAAUAUGGCUGCUCGAUGCGUAUGACCGGCUUCCGAAAUCAACGCAGUUCGUUGGUCUUGACAUCUCAUUUGAUGCAGCGCCACCACCCGAAACUUUCCCUGCCAACAUAACAUUCCAGAAGUGGGAUGUACGUGAUCCUGUUCCUGAUGAGUUGAUCGCUGCCUUUGAUAUCAUCAAUGUCCACUUUAUGGUAUUUGUUGUGCUCAAAGACGAGGUCCCGCUUGUAGUGGAUAAAUUCAUCCAGAUGCGGAAACCCGGCGGCUAUCUGCAAUGGGUCGAGCCGGACAACCAGACUGUGCACGGGGAACUGACAAAGCCGGGAAACAUGAAGACAAACAUAGAGCAGCUGAUGAGCCUCCUGAAGUCGCAGGAUCCAGACCUGCCCAAGAUCUUCUCGGAUCGGGGUAUAGCGGACGUCGAUGCGGACGUGCACACCGCCCCGCCGCAUUGGGCAUACUUGAUGCAUGAGUGCGGUCUAAUCAUGCAUGAACUUAUCGCAAGAAAGACCCAGAAUGAGCAGAUGGCAGCUGAGUUGAAGAGGCUGAUUCCUCUGGCGGUGGAGGAAACCCACAAGGGAGCUUACUUGGCCACAACCAAGUAUGCUAUCACGGGAGGGAAACCUUGA